GCCAUCAUGUAAGAAGCCGAGAAAUAUCAAAGCCACUCCCUCCUGCCAUUCACUCUCUCCCGCUGCCAGCAGCAGCUCACUCUCCGUCUCUGCGUGCGGUUCUUGUCCGCCUGCUUAAAAUGGACCAGGACUGGCGAGCUUUGGCCGCACAGCGAGCCGAAUACGUGUCUGACCGUAUCCGCGGGCUGCUGUCCUCCGGCCUGGACUUCCUUCGGGCCGAGCUGGGGGUUGAUCUGGGGAUAAAGCCGGAGCAGUAUCCGUCGUGGCUGAUUCUGAGCGCGGCGCUGUUCGGGCUGACUGUGCUGGUGCUGCUCGCGGCCUGUGGACGGAGGAAACGCCGAGCGGCGCCCGUUCGGGUUACCGGGACUCCCAGCACCGCCGUUGCCGCCGAGAUCCCUGCUAAGGCCGCCCUGCCACCGAAGACUGUGAAGACCGAGCCGAGCGAAUCGAAAAAGAAGAACAAAAAGAAAGCAGCCGACAAGCAGAAGGCCCAGGCGAAUGGACAGACAGUGGCUGAACGUCAAGAGGAAAUCAAAGUCACCGUGGAGAAAAAGAAACCUCCUCCUCCACCUGCUCCAGCUCCAGCACCAGCACCAGCACCUGCACCAGCACCAGCACAGCCACCUGUGGAUACAAAGACCAAGAAAAACAAGAAGAAACCAAAACCAGAGGUGAAGCCAGCCCAAGAUGUUUCCUCUACUACCGAUGGCAAGGAACCCGAUGAAGCAGGUGCUUGGGAAACCAAGGUCAGUAAUCGAGAAAAACGUCAGCAGCGCAAAAAAGAGAAGGGUCCCGGUGACAGCUCUGGGAGCCCGGAGGGUGGAGAUCGUGCCAGCCAGAAGGUUCCAGCCCCAGCUGCUACCAAAAAGAACAAAGAGCCAUCACGUGCCAAGGCCUUGAAGAAUGAUGCCGUUACAGCCCCAGCAGUGUCUAACUGGAAUGAUGUGAACUCUGUUAAUGGUGGAGGAUGGACAGAGGUGCCUGUAAAGUCGAGCCAAACAAAUGCUGUAAACAACGAGAAGUCGUCUGUUGGGAGAAAGACCCCUGGGCAAAAGAACCGUGAGAACUCCACCUGGAAACAAGAGGCAGAGGCGCCAUGGACUUUGGAUGGUAGAAUUAAGGCAGAACCGAACACGGUUAACUUGACAAUGCUUGGACUGAACCCAUCAGGUGGAGAGACUGGGACUAAAACUAAGAUUGAAAUCGGGCAAUGGGACAAUGGACCCACCAUGGAUGAAUGGUCCAGCAGCAAUGGUCUUGCCAACGACCUGAGCUCAGACUGGAAUGCUCCAACUGAGGUGUGGGACAAUUAUGAAGGGCCCAAUGUAGAUGCCUCUGCUUUGAAAGAGAUGCCAGUUUCCAAGCCACUUGUGGAAUCAAAUGAGGACAAUGACAAGGCAGAUCCUGCAGGAGGUGGAAAAUCCAAACGGCGAAAGAAAAAAAAGAGACCAGAGGAAGACGGUUCAGCUGCUGAGGUGACUCAAGUAGGUUCUGCUCCUGCAGAGAAGAUUGCGACCGUCAAACCUCAUCCACCUCAUGUUCCAAAAGUUGAGGGAUCCAAGCAAAACAUCCCUCCACAGUCUUCACAAAAGAAAUCUGAUCAGAACUGGGAACCACCGAAGCAAGUUCAGAAGAAAAAGGCCAGGAGAGAAACAUGAACCGUGAAUAACAUCCAGGAUAGCUUAUGCAAAUAGAUUGUUUAUGCAAUAAUUUCACAGUACAGAAUUUUAUACUGAAUAAAUUUACUGUGCUUUUAAAAAAAAAAAAAAAUCCAAAAUAGAAACAAAACC